AUGGCCUCCAUUCUUGACAAGAUUUGCGCUCAGAGGAGGAAAGAUGUGGUGGAGGCGCAGAGCAAGCUGCCGCUGGCGGAACUGAGGCGGCUGGUGGAAGAGCAGAAGGUCAACGUGCGCGGCGGCCCCGCCUUCCCGCUGGUCAACUUCCCCUCGCGCAUCCUCGUCUCGGCCCCCGCGAUUGCUGUCCUGGCCGAAGUCAAGCGCGCCUCGCCCAGCAAAGGCGACAUCGCUCCCGGCAUUGAUGCGGCCCAGCAGGGCAAGCUGUACGCUGACGCCGGCGCCGCGGUGAUCUCCUGUCUCACGGAGCCCACCUGGUUCAAGGAUAUGUGCGGAAUUCGGGAGGCGAUCGGGGCGAUGGGCGAGAGCCGCAGGCCGGCCCUCCUGCGCAAGGACUUUGUGCUCGACGAGUACCAGAUCUACGAGGCCCGCUACUACGGCGCCGACACCGUCCUCCUCAUCGUCGCAGCUCUGGAGGAGGCCGAUCUGGUGCGCUUGAUCAAGUGCUCGCGCGAGCUGGGCAUGGAGCCGCUGGUGGAGACGGCCAACGCCGAGGAGAUGGAGGUGGCCCUGCGCGUCGGCUCCAAGGUGAUCGGCAUCAACAACCGCAACCUUCACACCUUCUCCGUCGACCUCAACACCACCAACCGCCUGCUCGCCGACGUCGCCCAGUCCGCCGAGGGCGUCAUCUUCACCGCCCUCUCCGGCAUCACCACCAGGGAGGAUGUGGUGCAUUUCGAGAAGGCCGGGGUGAGCGGCGUGUUGGUCGGCGAGUCGCUCAUGCGCGCAGCGGAUCCGGCGGCCAAGAUCCGGGAGCUGCAGGGGCACACCGAGACAAAGACGCCGGCGCUGGUGAAGAUCUGCGGGCUCAAGGACGUGCCGACGGCCAUCGCCACGGCCGAGGCCGGCGCGGACAUGAUCGGGCUGGUCUUUGCCGAGUCCAGGCGCAAGGUCACCAUCAAACAGGCGCGGGAGAUCGUCGACGCCCUCGAUAAGUGGCGAACAGCCCAGGGCCAGGCUUCGCCCUCUGCCGAGUUAUUUGCCGCUGAAGCGGGCGCUGAGGCUGGCCAGGAGAGUUUCGGCAGCUGGGCGGUCAAGCUGCGCUCGGCCGUGGAGAAGCGACGGCCGCUGAUCGUGGGCGUGUUCGCCGACAACGAUGUCGAGAUGAUGAAUGAGGUGGCCACCGCUGCUCGGCUGGACCUGAUCCAGCUCUCGGGUAAGGAGAGCCCGGCCGUGGCCCAGCAGCUCGUCAAGCCCUGCCUCAAGGCGAUCCACGUCAAUGGGCAGCCCGAGGAGAUCAACAGCACGAUUGCGGGCUUUGCUGGCGGCAACGUGGUGGGCAUCCUUCUCGAUACCUACGACCCUCACGCCCUCGGUGGCACCGGGCGAGCGUUUGAUUGGUCGAUCGCUAAGGGGGUGCAGGAGAAGACGCCCAUCUUCGUGGCCGGCGGGCUCGGCCCCCAGAACGUGGCAGCGGCCGUGGGUGCCAGCGCGCCGCUGGGCGUCGAUGUGUCGAGCGGGGUGGAGACCGACAGCGUCAAGGACGUGGCCAAGAUUCGCGCCUUCAUCCAGCACGCCAAGACCACCACCGACGAGCAAGUGGCGGACGGGAGCCAGUUCUACCUGUACGGCUCGCCCAUCGGCAACUCGCCGUCGCCGCUGCUCCACAACACGGGCUUCGAGACGCUCGGCAUUGCCGACCAGCACCGCUACCGGCUGUGCGACACGAAGGACGUCAAGCAGGUGGUGGUCUCGCUGCGCGACCGCCGGACUGGCGGCGGGUCGGUCACCAUGCCCCACAAGCAGACCGUCAUGCCCUUCCUCGACCAGAUCUCGCCGGGCGCGUGGGCCAUCGGCGCCGUCAACACGGUGAGCAAGGACCCCGCCGGCCACCUCCUGGGCGACAACACCGACUGGCUCGCCAUCCACCAGCUCACCAAGCAACGACUCGCCGCACUCGGCAAGACUGGUGCGAAGCCGGUGGGUCUGGUGAUCGGUGCGGGCGGGACGGCGCACGCGGCGUGCUACGCGCUUACCCAGCUCGACGCCGAGUUCUACAUCUACAACCGCACGCCGGCGCGCGCCCAGCACCUGGCCGACCGCUUCGCCGGCGUGCGGGGCCUGCCGUCCACGCCCGACGAGCUCGCUGCGCUGGCCGGUCGCGUCGACGUCGUCAUCAGCACCGUACCGCCCACCGCCGGCUUCACCCUCCCCGACGCCUUCUUCCGCCGGCCCAGCGGCGCCGACGCCGCCAGCGCCGCGGCGGGCCUGGUCGUGGUCGAGCUGGUGCGACAGUGCGCCAAGAAUGACGAGAAUGUGGUGCGGGUGGAGGUGGUGGAGGGCAUCGAAAUCCUGCUAGCGCAGGGUCUGGCCCAGUUCGAGAUCUGGACCGGGCGGGAGGCGCCCCGGGCCGCCAUCGUCGAUAAGAUCGUGGCCACCUUCAAGGACGGCCUCUACGCCUCGCCUCUCCCCACCUCCUUUCAGUAA